AUGGAUAGAUCAAGUAAUUACUUGAUGGGUCACGAGAUGCAGAGCAGUGGCAGAGAAAGAAGAAGCCAGAGGAACGACGACGAUUACGAUUGUGACGAUGAUGCUUUCUACGCGGAGAUACGAAGGCAGAUUCUGAUUCUGACGGCUGAACAAGGUGAUGAUGAUGAUGAAAUAGACGGCAACUGGAGGCGGCGUGGGAGAACAGGGCCGCCGACUCGUGGAGGCAGAGUAUUGCUGCAGGUGGCUCCAUCGGCGGGAAGAUACUUCAGCUGGUGCGAGGAAUCGGAUAGGAUAUUUGGCGAUUCUUCUUUAUCUUCGUCUUUGUGGUCUUCGGUUUCGACACCAGACUGGCUUGUGAAUCUAUGGAGUAAUAACAAAGCUAGUGGCAGUGUUGUUGGGACUGGAGUUUUCAUCCCUCAGAUUGUCAAAUCCGGAGGAAGAAGCCGACCCAGGAGAAGGAGAAGUGAAGUGAACAGGAUGAAGAACAAGCACGCAGUACAGAGUGUCUGAUUAGUCUCUCUCUGGAAUUCUACAGCUCUUUCUCCUCUCUAGUUCAUUGUUCCUUUUUUGGGUUUAGAGACAAAAACUUAAUGGAGAGGACAUUCAGUUCGAAUUGGAGAUUUUGGCUUCUCUUAGUCCUCUGUAUACAAGAUUCAGUGC